AAUCUGAUGAAUAUCUCGUUUGAUGGAAGCAGAACAUAUGAGCAGCUGCAGAAUCAAGAGAUUAGUGAAAUGAUUCAUCCAAAGGAAAAUUCAGGUAAGACGUCACUGAACACCAGCCAACCAACUAUGCGUUUGAUGGGUAAAGAUGUUCCAAUUGGUAAAAGUAGCAAAGAAAUGCAAGGAUUUGAGGAUGGAAAGGUUUGGACUGAUACGGAAAUUGCCGUAGAGCAUUGUACAUCAGGUGCUUGCCUGAAUAGUUCCCCCACGAAAAGAAAUUUUCAGGAGUGGAUUCCGCAAAUGUCAGGAGGACAGUACAAAGAAACUGUAAUACAAUCUCUGGGAAUUGAGAGUGAGAAGUGUGCUCAAAACCACUUACUCAUUAAAGGACCAGGGCCUAGUUUUUCUCAUCCUUACUUCGAUUGGCAAACGAACGGAGCAUUCGAAAGUAGCAACUUUGGUGCCAACAGAAAUCCUAGUUCUAAUUUAUUCCCUUAUGCUCCUUUACCCACUGCUUCUAGAUUAUUUAGUCGGGUGCCUAAUUUCCAGGAUUUUUUCAUUUCUGGAGCUGAACCUGUACGACUUGGUUCUCAACUUCCGGUGCUGUCUACUCCACAGAAUUCCUGCGAGCAUGGGCACUGGAGACCAGCUGAACUCUCUCACAGGCAGAACUUACCACAUUUUACAGAUCCCGGGUUUGAGUUUCCUUUCUUAAAUCCAGAUUCUAGAGUAAAUGUUCAAUCCUCAUGGUUUGAGAACUCGAAGAGCCUGCCCCCGUGGUUGUUACAUGCAAAGCAGCAGGGAAAGACACCAAUGAUAUCUUCUCAACAAGGUCCAAUUGCGGCAAGCAAAAACCAUCAGCACAUUUCAUCCAGAACAAAUAUUCUCAAUAGGCCAUCAAUUUACCAUUCAGCAGAAGCAUGUUCUUAUCCUUGUGGUCCUGGUACUUUACAUUCACAAAUGAACAGUUCACUUGGUUCAGCCACUAUAGUUAUCCCUCCCCUUGGUCCGAUAAUUUCCAGGGUAAAACCAGCAUCUGCCAUGAACACAGGCUACAGAAAUAGAAUGAAGGUGAAAGAAAGACUGAAAUCAAAAGCUUUUGGCGUCAAAGACCUUUAUCCUUGCAAGAAAACUAACAAGAGACUUGUGACUAAAUCGCUUGAUUUAGUAAAGCCCACCAGAAUCCUCAACUUAGAAAAGCAAGAAAAGUUUAGUGCUUUGGCAAGGUGCUCGGCUCAGAACCUGUACAGUGAAAUGCAACGUGACAUAGUGGGAGAUGACCUUCAUUCAAACAGGGUCAAAGACAUUGGUCUGGAAUGCCAACGAACUGAAACUCAAGACUUUGGAAUUGGAAUUGCUGGUAAUGAGUCCUCAAGAGUGGAUAUUAUGGCAAGAUCGGGCCCUAUCAAAUUAAGCGCCGGAGCAAAGCACAUUCUGAAACCAAACCAAAACAUGGAUCUAGAUAACUUCAUGCCGAUCCACUCUACGAUCCCAUUUGCUGCGGCGACUAAUGUCAGUAUGGUACCCGAGUCUCAGAAGAAAGCAGCAAAGAUCUACAGGUUUUAGAUGUACACGAGACUGCUUAUAUCUGACUACAUGAACCGCUGACUUCAAAGAAAUUAAGCUCUUAGUGCUUUUCAAUAGUAUGAUCAUCGGAAUCUAUUUAAUUGCCAAGAACUUGUUUCCUUUUUUUUUUU